AUGUCGUCGAAAGGAACUGCCCUACUUGCCUGGGUAUUUUUCGUCCACCUCACCGCCAUCUACCUUUACACCAGAGGUUUUCUCCUUACUCGUCUCUCGCUUUCGGAAAUAUCUUCGUGCCCAGAUGGAGAGUGCACACUUCAGCCUACUUACAAGCGAGCGGUCGUGCUCAUAAUUGAUUCGUUACGGUUUGAUUUCCUUACGCCAGAUCCACCGCAUCCGCCGUCACCACACCACCACAACGUCCUUACCUUCCCGCAAGAGCUAACGGCGUCGUUACCUGAGCACUCACUCAUCUUCGAUGCCUUCUCGGACCCGCCUACAACUACACUGCAGCGCAUCAAAGGCCUGACCACGGGCUCCCUGCCUACUUUCGUGGACAUGGGUUCAAACUUCGGGGGCGCGUCCAUUGUCGAGGACUCGCUGCUGAGCCAGCUGCGCGACGCAGGCAAGAAAGUCGCAUUCAUGGGUGAUGACACGUGGACUACCGUGUUCACGGCGGACAUGUUCGCGCCAGGCUUAUGUUUCCCUUACGACUCGUUCAACGUAGAGGACCUGCAUACCGUCGACGAGGGCGUCAUUCGCCAUCUUUUCCCACUGCUCUCGAACGAUUCGGCUCCGUGGGACGUCAUUAUAGGACACUUCCUGGGCGUCGACCAUGUCGGACACCGCAUAGGUCCAGACCAUCCAACAAUGCGGGCGAAACUUACGCAGAUGGACGACGUACUCAGGCAAGUGGUCUCUUUCCUUCAAGAUGAUACGUUACUAGUUGUGCUCGGGGACCAUGGGAUGGAUAGACGAGGGGACCACGGCGGAGAUGGAGUGCUGGAGACAUCCUCGGGGCUCUGGAUUUACAGCAAAAAGCCGCUCACACGUGGCAUUGCGGCCAUCCCUCCUGCAUUCCGUCACACUCGCAUAUUCCCCGAUGCCAGCGUGCCGCAUCGUUCUGUACAGCAGAUUGACCUCGUUCCCUCACUGGCGCUCCUUCUCGGAAUUCCCAUACCAUAUAACAACCUCGGGAUGGUUAUCCCCGAGCUGUUCAGUCACGAUACGCGCGCAGAGACGCUAGGGAAAGCGCUGGAAUUGAACGCGCAGCAGGUCAGGUUGUAUCUGGAUACGUACCGCUCAAGCGCGUCUGGGGGCGAACUCGACAGUGCGUGGGACGAGAUGCAGGCACAAUGGGCGGCUGUCCAAGCGGCUUCAACCAGCGAGGCGCGGUGGCUCGCAAUCGAGGGCUACACACGGAUUGCACUCUCCGCCUGCCGUUCGCUAUGGGCGCAAUUCAAUGUCACGCUGAUCGGUCUAGGGCUCACGUUGUUGGGUGUUGGGGCUAUGGCAGGAUAUGUCCUGUUCAUCAAGUUUGGAGAACUCCACGACGAUUGGAUUGACUGGGCGGGGACGAUGCGAUGGACUUGCAUGUGGGGAAUGGCCGUCGGCUCCGUGGCAGGGUUCACACUGUACUUUCCACUCCGAUCGCACCUAAAGGGUGUCGACGCGCUCGACUGCGUGCUCUUUGGCGCGCCGCUCGUCUCUUCUCUCGCAGUCAUUGCUACUGCACGACCCGCGUCGUUUUUCUUCCGCCCCAGCUCGUUCUCACUGCCUCUACUCUUGCACACACUGGCAUUUGCGAGCAACUCAUUCACGAUUUGGGAGGACCAUGUCGUCACGUUCCUCCUGCUCUCGUCUGCAGUGCCUGGUGCGCUUGCGGGAUUCGCAGCGCCAACAGCGCGCCUGCGCUGGCGCAUCCUCGGGUUCUCUGCGCUCUUUGCCGCAUGCGUACGUCUUAUGGCCAUAAGUACCGUCUGCCGUGAAGAGCAACACCCGUAUUGCCAUGCGACGUUCUUCGCGUCCGCGUCACUGCCCGCUCCCCCGCUCCCCAUGCUAAUCUGUGCGGUACCCUCUGCGCUUGUACUGCCCUAUGCGGUCCGGCGUAUUUUGCGGAUAUCAAAGUCGGACAACGGCCUUGCGGCGAUCAUGCUUCCAUGGCUACUUCCCGCAGUGUUAUUGCAGGGCUGCGCGUUCUGGAUUCUAGAACAUCUAGAGACCUCAGAAGUGUUUGGUCCCGGCUACGAAUGGAUCCUGCGCCCGGGACGCACUCUACUUGCGCGGUGUGCGAUGGGUAGCGUCAUUCUGUUCGGUGUGGCGGUCUGGUGGCAAGUUCCGCUUUGUCUAGCGAUUAGUUCUUCCGCCAAGAAUGACGAGACCAAGGAUGCCCCUGCGAAUGUCGACUCCGACGGCAAACCGAAAACGCAGGUGACGAUUCUGGGUUUCGCCAACGCAUUUGGGUCGUCGUAUCUCAUUCUGUGGUGCCUGGUCUUGGGCUUCCUCUACCCCGCAACCCAACUUACCGGUCAAGUUGUUUUGGGACUAGCGAUGAUUGCCAUGCUUGCACAUGUAGAAGUCACUGACAGCGUACGCGACGUUAGAGCGUUGGAAGCAGCCUUCGCAUCGUCAACGCCGUCGUCCGCACUAGAUGCGGAUACAAAACGCGGGACCACGGUAACCUUUGCGGAGAUAGUCCCCGUAGCACUGCUCGCUUUGCAUGCCUUCCACGGGACGGGCCACCAGUCAACGAUUCCCUCCAUCCAAUGGAAGUCCGCAUUCGUGCUCACGUCUUCGCUCACCUAUCCGUUCUCCCCCGCGUUGGUCGUGCUCAAUGCGUUUGGGCCACAGUUCCUCAUGGCGUUUGCCGCACCGCUGCUGGCGCUGUGGAACGUCGCGCCGCUCCCGCAACCUACGGCGGGUGUAGGCGUCGGCGGUGGUGCGGUGCGCGCUGGGCUCGGGAUGAUGCUGUACCAUAGCACACUUCUGUUCGGGAGUGCGGUGAGCUCGGCCUGGCUCCGAAGGCAUCUGAUGGUGUGGAAGGUGUUCGCGCCGCGAUAUAUGAGUGCGGCAGCGAGUCUGGUGGCAGUAGAUCUGGCCAUCGUGGUCGGUGUUGGGAUCGGAGUGCCGCGGAUCACAGGACAGCGGCCCCUGCCCAAGUCUCUCUCCUUCUCACCCCCACCCGUCGCUCGUUCCAUGCCCACGUCCAACCUCCAGCUCCCCCAUCUCGUCUCUUUCUGCAAGUCUUUCGAGCUGCGAACUCACCGCCAGUGCCGCUCUGUCUCCGCCGCCUCCCGCAAGUGGGCCCUCGACUGCAACUUCCUCGACGAGGACGAGCGUCGCGCACUCCCCGGCCUCCAGCUUGGCCUCCUCGCCUCCCUAUGCUAUCCCACCUGCGACGUCGCACAGCUUCUUCUCAUCACCCAGUUCCUCGUCGUCCUCUUCCACUGGGGUGACAGAUCGCCCGUCUCGACCCCGGCAGCUUUUGACCAUGUCUGGCUGCGUCUGUCGCGCUCGCUGCCCCCGUACUGGCAAGCACGCUUCCAGCGCCACCUCGCCGCCUACCGCGCCGCUGCCGUUCUCGUCGCGCGAGACAACGCGAACGCGGUCGUCCCAGACCUCGAGUCGUAUAUCUCGCUUCGACAAGAUUCGUCAGGCGUGAAGAUGCUCUUUGACCUCACCGAGUACGCGGAAGACCUCCGCAUCUCCGACGCUGUGUUCAAGAUGCCGGUCCUGGGGCAACUGCGUUCGAAUGCGUGUAAUAUCGUCGCAUGGUCAUACGUAUGCGUCUGCAUCCCUCACGCCGCCCAUUCACCUGCGCUAACAUGGGACCCGCAGGACAUCGCGGCGUAUGCGCGGAAACACGCGUCGGGCGACACGCACAAUCUCAUUGUCGUGCUCAUGGCCGAGCGGCGUCUUCCCCUUCAGGGCGCGAUGCAGGCCGCUGGCACGCUCGUGAAGGAGACCGUCGCUACGUUCCUCGAGAACGAGCGCUUUCUCUCAGAUUCCAGCGCGGACGUGCGGCGGUACAUCCAGGGCUUGCGCGACGUCAUCGUCGGCUCGACGUACUGGCUAUAUGAGACUGAUCGCUUCUUCGGUGACUCUGGUGAUGAGGUGCGCGAGCUUGGUUGGGUGUUCUUGCCCCCGAGCUAG